AUGACUUCAGGGUCGUCGAUCGCGGGAUCAGGCCAUACUUAUUCGUCAGACAAGGAGGAGGAUACAUUUUUGAAACGCAAUCGUAUCACUCAUUUUGUAAGACUUGGUUUGUCUUUCUUGUCAUUUGGAAUUGGCAUCGCUGUUAUCACAUGCGAGGCUCUCCCACUACAAAAUUACAAGAAUACCUCACAAUGGGCGACUGCCGGACUCGCCCUAUGGCCUUUGAACUUUGAUAUCCGCCCAACGAUCGCAGCUAUCUCGUGUGGGGGCAUCAUUACUUUGCUAAGCAUGGUGUAUAUUAUCGUUGCCCUUUUACCGUCUCCCUACUCGCUCAUAAAACCACUCAACAUUUACGCCUCAGUCUCAGCCCUUGCGGGCUUUGCGACUGCCCUUAUUAGCGUUCUAUUUAUAAUCUAUCGUCCGUCUUCAGACUACCCAGCAGGGUUCAACGAAAAUGAGACACUUCACAGCUGGACCUGCAAAUGGAAAACCGGAACAAGUGGCAUUAGUAGCCCUAGUCACUUUGAUCGCGACUGUACCAGUACUCGUGCUGCAUUCGUAUUGCUAUGUGUUCUGGUUGGAAUGGAGGCGUUGAUGGGAAUCGUUGGUGUUGUUGGAAUAUGGUUCCAGCGAGAUGUUUCUCGCCGUCGAAUUGGGCAGUCCCAGUUGACACAGCUCGACUUUGCUACCAAGGAUACUAAGGAUGGGUAUCGGAAUUGA